UGACGUCACUUCUGACUAGCUGCUAGAAGUGCUGAGGAUAGAGGAGCAAUAGGGCAGCGCUUUCAGCUUGUCAUCGGAGAUCUGCAGACGGGUGACCAUCAUGAAUUAUGAAAAUCCUCCACCAUAUUCAGGAGUAAAUCCUACAGCUCCUUACCCUCCAUAUGGACAAGGUGGCCCAGGUCCUACUCCGUAUCCUGGUUACCCUCCAGGCCCUGAAGGCUAUCAGCCAGGGCAACCAGGCUAUCAGCCAGGGCAACCAGGCUAUCAACCAGGGCAACCAGGCUAUCAACCAGGGCAGCCCGGCUAUCAAGGGUACCCACAGUAUGGCUGGCAAGGUGGCCAACCCCCUGCACCAGUUUACAUGGAUGCUCCUAAAAAUACAGUAUAUGUUGUAGAGGAGAGAAGGGAUAACUCUGGGGAAGGUGCCUGCCUAACAGCUUGCUGGACUGCCCUUUGUUGCUGCUGCCUUUGGGAUAUGUUGACAUAAUUAUUUAAAGAAGACAGAAUGAGCAAAAAAAAGCCAGAAUGUGCAAUGCCUGUAUGCCAUUUUACUUUUUUCCCUCACUUUGUGUUUUGUUUUAAUGAAAUCAGUUGAUUACAUGUUCUACCCUAUCUUAUUUAAUAAAUUGUAAUUUUGUUUUUCAUAUUGUUGAAUGACUUGUUCACA